GAAAAUAUUAUAGUUUUCGGUAAACGUUACCAGUAUUUCGAUAAUAAUUACAAAAAUUCCGGUAAAAGGUAUUUGGAGUUUAUAUAAAACAACUAAACUUAUAUGGUUAUAUUUCUGAAUAAACAUUUGCCUUUAUUAAUGAUGUGUAUGAUAAUCCAUGUUGCGGCCGCCACUAUAUUAAUUUCCAUUCCGGUAGUAGUGUCGUUCUGCUCUGGAAGAAACGGAAAUGCAAGUAAAAAAAAGGGAAAAAGGCGCGGAUGUUCGGUGAUUGGGACAUUCCAGCUGCUGUGCACUUUUGCUCCAGCUGGACGAAUCCUAUUGCAGCAAGUGUGACGACUUUGCUAAUUUUAGUGAGGGUGAUGGGGCACCAUUAACUAUUUCAUACUCACCAUCAAUUUGACGCUAAAAUAAACAAAUUCACAAACAAUUCCACGCACUCGAACCGACGAACAUGGCGACCUUUGCUUACAAAAUUAUUUGGCGGACGGCUUCUCAAGCACACGGUUGCAAAAGCGAGAAGAGGAAUGAGAAAUACUGCCAUCGAAUUUUGACGUUUGUCUUGAAAGAGACGAUAUUUUCAGUUUUACUUUACAGUUUUCGGCGUUUUUUACCGAAAAUAUAUUGCAAAAUGAUUUGUUUACAUAUAAAUUAUCGAGCUUCGGUAAUUCUAGAUAUGAAUUAAUGAAGAUCUGUAAAAAUAGACGUCAGUUUAUUGAAUUACCGAAAAUUUUCGAAUUACAGAACUGUUUCUGUAAAAUAAAUUACCGAACUCGGUAAUUUUCCUUUACUGUGUAUACUUACAAAACAACAUUAAGUUGAAAACAAUUAGUACUGCCAGAAAUUUACGUUGUAGUUUUCACAACUGCAAUACACGUUUUGUUUUUGCUCGCAACUGCUCAAACGACUGCUUGCUGCUAGACAUCCCGCUCGCGUUCUUGGAAAAGAAAAUAAAAAAACGAGAUGGCUGGCCGGCCGGACAGAUAUUUGUUGCUUUUCUUUGGCGGAAGCGAGAUGCAAUAGUUUAUCACGGCUGUGAGAGUGAGACGAGGUUUGACGUUGGUUUUGACAGCGGCACAUGACGGCAGGAAUGUUUUACAGAUUUUUUCGGCGUUUUUUUACCGAAAAAUGAUGACAAACCGAUUUGUUUACACAAAAUAAACGAGCUUCGUAAAAUCAAGAAUCGAUUCACCGAACUCGGUAAAAAUAAGAUGUCAAAUUGAUCAAUUACCGAAAAUUUUCGAAUUACAGAACUGGUUCUGUAAAAUAAAUUACCGAAUUCGGUAAUUUUCAUUUACUGUGUAGAUCGCAGGUUAGGUUUUGGGAGUCAUGUCAAGCAAACUCAGAAAAAAAUACAAGAAAGAAUUCAAAUGAUGAAAAUUAUUAGUGGCAUCCGUGGAGGAGGACACCCUACAACAAUGGCAAUAAUAUUCAAUGCACUCCUUCGUAGUUCAGCUGAAUACGGAGCUUCUAUAGUUGGUAAUGCGAGCAAGACAAACAAAGAGAAAUUACAAAUCACUCUUAACGAUGCUAUGCGUCGAGCUACGGGCUGUAGUAGGACUACACCCAGAAACACACUGCUGGCCAUUGCUGCUCAAGAGCCGUGGCAAUUCAGAAGUGACUAUGUAACAUGUAAAGAAACGGCUAGAGUGGUACAUUACAGAAAUCCAGUCUAUAAACAACUAAGAAAAGUUACUGAAACCCAAAGUGACUCCAGAAAACUCAGCUACAUGGAGAAAUUGUACUCAGAACACCAAGAAAUUUUUAAUAACAUUAGUCCUAUGGUUAGAACGACAAUUACGGAUGUACACAUAGCUACGGGAAUAGGAAUUCGUUGCACGAAGGCAAAUACAAAUCCUCGUGUGCUGAAACAAGCUGUUCUAGGUAUCCUCAGCAGCCAAUACAUUCAUUCUCAUCGAGUAUAUACCGAUGCUUCCAAAAUGGGCGAAAGAUGCGGAAUUGGAAUAUACUUAGAAUCAACUAAACGUAAAAUCGCUUUGACUCUCAACACAGAAACAUGCAUCAUGACUGCAGAGCUGAUAGCAAUUUAUACCGCAACCCAGGAAAUAAAACAAUCUCAGAUGAGCAAAUCCGUGAUAAUUACGGACUCGCUAUCAUCGUGCACAUUGCUUCAGAACAAUCUCAAUCUGACGAACCGCAGCAAGAUAAUAGACGAUAUACUGAAAGCUUGCAAGGAACUGAACAUACAGAUCCAGUGGAUCCCCAGUCAUAUUGACAUUCUGGGAAAUGACAUAGCAGACGAAUUAGCUAAGAUGGGAGCUGAAUCAAAUGACAUAGACAAAUUGUUCAAUACAAUUUUGCUGAGAGAUUCCUACCUAUACUUCAAAAAAAUCAAACAAGCGCGAACAAACUCUUGGUACAAAAAGUAUGAAGAAGAAAACGCGAAAGGACUCAAGUUCUACAACAUACAAUCAGAAUUUUGUGAAAAACCAUGGUAUCAUAAAUUAGGAUUGACUAAUUCCACAACUCGAACCAUCAACCGAUUAAUGGCAGGACACGAUUACAGCAAAUACUGGCUACAUAAAAUGAAACUAGUAGAUGACCCAUUUUGUGAAAUCUGUGACCAGCUUGAAACCGCCGAACACAUAAUCCUCCACUGCAACCGAUACAACGAUAUUCGAUCGAAAUUUAGCUUUGUCCAUAAAUUCCAAUCUAUUGUAGACCUACUUAAGACAAAAAACACUUUGCACUUUGAAGAAAUUAUUGAAUUCCUAAAACAAUCUAAAAUGAAAUUAUAAAGAAACUAUUAGCAUCAAAUACCUACCUAUACCUUUGAAAAAGAAAAUACCGCUACGACCCCAACACAACAAGUCACCUUGAGAAAACCGAUGGAUAUAUGGUCACCGUUACCAAUCCAACAGUGGAAAAUGAUCGAGUUUUCCACAAGUAGACGAAGAAGAAGAAGAAGAAGAUAUUAAUAUGAUCACAUAUGAUGUAGUCGGUAAUUGCAAUUAUGCGGUGCUCUUUAAGGAUCGAUCUAGCCGGAUUUCUUUUCCAACGCUACGGAAACUCUCCGGUGAUGAAAAUUUCGACAGCCAACGGGGUACUGUGUACACACAAAACUUUCGAGGCUCCACUUAGCAAAAAUUAGCUGUUACUUUCCGUUAGCAAAAAUUUUUUUUUACUCUCGAGUUAGCACUUUCCCAAAUUGUCAUGACUUUUGCUCAAUUUGAGUAAAAAAAAACCCAUUGCUACUGAAUUCAGUAUUUACAGUAGCAUGGACUCAAACUAUCAGGUGCUUUUAGUCUGAGCUCGAACCACGGUCGUUUUUGUUUUGUUUUCUUUUCUGGACUCCAAUGCAUUUCAUUUUGCCGGUCGCGAUUUUGGAGCGGAAAAUAUUGUUAUUCGUGUUUUUUGAAGGUUCAAAUUGUGUCCGGGUCCGAUAAGUUGCGACUCCCAACGGUUUUGGCGACUUUUAAAAGUUUGAUAGGUGUAGCCACCAGGAUUCCUCGAGUGGCUCAACUUCCUGUGGUUAACCAGCAGUGCCGGAUGUGCUAUUUCGCCAGACUUCCGGAAGCGGUGUUCCGCUUCAGAAAAGUUUUAGGAAAAGCCCUAGAGAGUUUUCAUAAAAGUAUCAGCAAAAGGAACUGCACCAGGGAAUAUUAUAAUGGAAUGGAAGUGGCAUCCAGUAUCCCUCCUGCGCAAAUGUCAUCGAGUGGGGUUCUUGCAGGCGAAAAACACAGAGCUGCCCGAAUGAGGAAGGAUUUUCUCGGUAAGUGUAUUCUAGUUGAAAGAAUGUAAAGUAAAAGUUCUGAAAAAAGUCUGAAAAUUAGACAUGUACAUAUUUUUCUUUCAAACUAAUUUUAAAAUAUUGAAAUAAAUAAAAAAAAAUAUUUCAAACUUCCAGGCUUGAUAGCUGUUAUCCUUGUAAGUUGGCUCAAUGUCAUCCUUAUCCAGAUCGGCAGCAGGGAUCCGGAUUUAACAUUUUAGCCCCUUGGUUGAACCUUGCCAAAUGAAGUUCAAUGACAGGAGAUUUUUUUUUUCAAAUUGCACGAUGAUGAGCUGCUUGGCCUGGCAAACUAACUGUUGGAACAUUGUCCCACCCGUGGGGGGCCAAAAUAUGUGCAUUUAUUGAGGAUUAUGGUUAAGCUUCCUAGUUAUGAAGUGAAAACUGAAAGGUAUGGUUUUUUCACAAAUUUCUUAUUUUUUCAUAUACUUUUAGAGAAAUAAGUCCGUAUAAUAUUAAUUACAUAUGUAUAUAAAAUUUUAAAGGAACUUGAUUAUUUUGUUUUUCAGGUUUUGGCGAUGCUGAUAUUUCCAAGAUCAUAUAGUGAUGAUCAAAAUGAUACUGAAAGGCUUGGAAGCGCGAUGUUGGAGGAAGUUGAACAACUUGCAAAGUUGGACUUAUUGGUAAUUAACUAUUUCAACACAUGAUUAUGUUUUAUAAUCUGAUUGAACUUCAUUUUAUUUUUUUUUCCAGGAAUUCAUCUGUCAUCAACCGGCUAGCUUGACAAUUCUUAUAACACUCUUACAAGAUGAUGGGCGGCAAUAAAACUUCCAAAGAAAAAAGAUUUUAUUCGCGACUGAUAUCCAAAAUAAAACAGGAAAUUGAUAAGAACCAAUCCUCAAUAAUUUUUUUCAUUAGAAAUAGAAAACCCAUAAAUUUAAUAUAAUGAAUCUUUAAUUUUACUCAAAUUCUAGCAAACGUGAGAAAAAUAAAUUUUGCUAAAAUUUAAGCAAACAAAGGGUUUUGUUUGCUUGAAAAUUAGUAAACAUUCAGUCAGGACACAUUUUGCUAUUUUGCUAAAAGUUUAGUAAAAAAAAUUUGCUAAAUUGAUUGCUAAGUUUUUAGCUGGUCAAAUUUGAGCAAAAUUUUGCUAAUUUUCGGCCUCAGAAAUUUUGUGUGUAGGCAGUUUUUGAUGCUGCGUUCCCGCAUGGAACAGUAUCAUACAAUAACGAUCCUCAUUAUCUUCUACCCAAGACACCCAAAAGAUUCCCCUUAUAGUUUUCGGAUUAUUAAUGAACGAUUAGACUAAUCGUUUUUUCAUCAAAUGGAAUCGUUUAGACACAAAUAACGAUACAGGGAACGGGUUGUUAAGUAAAAAAACGAUUCAUUUUUUUGCUUUUUUCUAGAGAGAUUUUUCUAGAAAAUUUAGCAAAAUGAUAGAUGUAAUCGUUGUUAAAUCAUCCAUUUCAACUUUUAAGAACGAUACUAUGUAUCUUUCAAAGAUCUUUUUACGAUUUGUAGAGCAAAAUAAAUCGAUUUGUGUUAAAAUUAAUUAAAUUUUAUUUCAUUUCUUAAAGAAUGGCGUUUGAUAAUCACAUUAUUUCACCGUGGCAGGCCCUUUUUUCGCAGGUCCUAAUUCUGCGCAUUUUGUUAUACUAAAAUAUUUUGCUGGAUUUGAUACAGAAAAACCCGAAUAGCAAAGACCAUGGUAUUAAUAUAACAGAACUGUGAUUUUCAAUUUCACAAUAAACUUCAUCCUUAUUUCAAGAUCCUUAACAACCUCCUUAAAUUUUGAAACUACCAUGGUUUUUAAAGUUACUGCGAAAUGUAUUGUUAAUCCAUAAUGUUCCACAGUUGUCGAAUGUGUCAGAAACAAGGGUAUCACAGCGAUUAUCUUAUGAUUUUUGUUGUUACAGUGAACUUUAUGGUAAAAAGAUAUUCCAAACCAUUCGAAUAUUGGUAAACUUUUGCUUUUUUAACCUAUUUCCUAUUUUUCGUGUAAUCGUUUCUCGGCCUGACGGCUAAAAUAA